CUCUGAGACGUACCAGUCCUUGUUGAUUUUCAUACUGCCUGACUAUAUUGGGACAAUAUGGCACCUGUAACAAAAACACCCUCAUAAGAUGUCUGUCUACUUCCUGCACAUGCUGAAACUCAGAGCAGAUCACUGCAGACAAGCGACAGUGAUGGCCUUCAACACGCUGAUCUGUGUGGCGGCUCUGCUGAUGCUGCUGAUCAGAGAGUGUGACUCUCAGCUCUCUGUUUGUGGUCAACCUUCAUUCAACACCAGGAUUGUUGGAGGACAAGCAGCUCCUGCAGGCAGCUGGCCCUGGCAGGCCAGUCUGCACCUCUCCAGCCACUUCUGUGGAGGAUCUCUGAUCAACGACCAGUGGGUGCUGACUGCAGCUCACUGUGUCGCAGGGCUCAGUGAUCAGAGAGUGACGGUUUAUCUGGGCCGUCAGAGUCAGCAGGGAUCCAACCCAAACGAAGUCUCUCGGACGGCAGCACAGAUCAUUUCUCACCCUGACUAUAAUUCUAAAACUUCCAACAAUGACGUUGCUCUACUGAGGCUCUCUGCAUCAGUCACUUUCAACCGUUACAUCUCCCCAGUCUGCCUGGCCGCCUCAGGCAGCAUCUUCUCCAGCGGGGUUAACUCCUGGGUUACUGGCUGGGGCAACAUUGGGAGUAGUGUCCCUCUUCCAUUUCCUCAAAACUUGAUGGAGGUGGAGGUGCCAGUGGUGGGGGAGUCACAGUGCAAGUCCAGCUAUGGAGACAACGCCAUUACUAGCAACAUGCUCUGUGCCGGGUUGCUAGAGGGAGGGAAGGACUCCUGCCAGGGGGAUUCAGGAGGUCCGCUGGUGACCAAGCAGGGGGACCGCUGGAUUCAAUCAGGGAUUGUUAGCUUUGGAGAAGGAUGUGCUAAACCAAAUUUCCCCGGAGUCUACGCCAGAGUGUCCCAGUAUGAGAGUUGGAUCAACAGCCUUAUCAACACCAACCAGCCGGGCUUCAUCACCUUCACUUCUAACGUUUCCAGUACAACCUCCAACCCUACAACGCUUCCACCAACCACAACAACAACUGAACCUCAGCCUGUGGUCUGUGGACAGGCCCCACUGGCUUCUCGGAUUUCGGGUGGAGUUUCUGUGGCGUCGGCCGGCGCGUGGCCGUGGAUGGCCAGCUUACAGAAGAAUGGCCAGCAUGUGUGUGGAGGGACGCUGGUGUCUGAGAGCGACGUGCUGACCAACGCCAACUGCUUCCCAGGCUCCCCUAACGCCUCUGAGUGGAAGGUCGUGCUGGGUCGGCUAAAUCAGAACGGCACCAACCAGUUUGAGGUGUCGUUGGAUGUGGUCAAUAUCAGCGUGAGCAACCUGACAGGAACCAACAUCGCAGUGCUGACGCUGUCGUCCCCCCCCACCCUGAACGACUACAUUGGGCCGAUCUGCCUGGACAACGGAAGAACGUUCCCAGAGGGAGCCGCAUGCUGGGCCGCCGGCUGGAGCGCUGGAGCCGGAGGAGAGAAGGAGCCUCUGCAGCAGAUCCAGACAUCAGUGCUGAAUUGUGGGGAUGCAUCAGCAGCAGACAGGAUGUGCACUGCAGACUUUACUCUGGGAGAGGGCGACUCUGGUGGUCCGCUCAUGUGUAAGCAGGACGGCUCCUGGUUCCAGGCAGUGGUGCUUUCAGUUGAGAAAACCUCCAACAGAAGGAGACGAGCCAACAUGAAGAUCUUUGAAAAACUGAGCCGCUUUCAGUCCUUCCUGACCAAGACACUGGGACCGUUCUUGUCUCCAGCAACCGCCGUCACCAACAUCACAAACACCCCAACCACCGUCCCCAGGACAACCAGUGGGGUGGCAAUGCCUCACUCCCCCUCCAUCCUCUUAGGCCAUCUUCUCCUUUUAGCUUUAUGCCUCCAGGUUUUCACAUGAGCAGGUUCAGCUUUAUGUUCUAUAUCCUGUCACUCUCUUUAUGUGCAUGUUGUACUGUUGUUGUCCACUGGGGGGCAAUGUUCUAAUGUAUAGGCAGCACUGUUCUGGAAAGAAUCAGAAGUUUUACAACCUGAACGUUCGCAAUAAAACAGCUAUCUAAGAAAAGAAGUGUGGUUCACUGCGAAGAUCAAGAAAACCCAACAUUAACCAACAGAAAUUUACUCAAAAAAGCUUAAGUUUAAUCUUCUCUCGUUUUCUUGAAGUGUGAUUUAUCUUUAGCUGAUUACUGUCACAGAUUCUAAACCUGACUUGUUUCUGUUUCUUUAUUAAAACAAAUCAGUUCAUUUAUUUUCUAAUAUCAUGCACAUUGACAUUAAUAAACUCUUAACAGGCUGGACGCUCCGCUGUGAAGCCCAGGUUCUCCACCAGGUGGUGCUAUUGGGCGCCCUUUCCUUUUUCAAUGA